UGGAGACUUGGACACUUUCUUCACAAUAAGGAAACAGACUCAAGGAGUUGCGCUCAGGGCGAGCCCUCCGAGUCCAGCACGUCCCACCUCAGCAGCCGGCUGUUCCUCUGGCCACACUUCUACCCGCCUCCCACUUCUCGACGCCCUCCACCCAGGACAGGCUUCACCUCCUGCUCCCCACUUCCUGCCAAGCAGUGGCGACCACCAGGAAAUGGCCAUGUGGGCUUGGUCCCCGGGCAUCUGCUGGGCGUGGCACUUUGGUUCCCCAGGCCCGCGUGGUCCUCCAUUCCAUUAGAACUCUUUGAAACCCAUAAAACAACAGAUCAGAAGGCACUCUGAUGUCAUCAGCUUGGACAGGCCCCAGGGGACAGAUGUCUUGUUCCCUGGGACUUGCUGCAGUCACCUGCCCAAGGGCAGCCACCACAUGUCACUUCUCACAAAAAUCAAUUUACAAACUUGUGGGAUGGAAUGCAAACACUCCCUCAGCAGCAUCCCUUGCGAUCGAUCCAUUUCAAAGCAAGUGCUACCGGGAGUGGCUACAGCAACCGAAAUGCGAGUGCUAGCGUUUCUUUUAAGUUCCUGUUUUUCACUUUCAGCUGCUUUUUAUUUCCACGUCGGGGAGCGAGAGGAGAAGUGCAUCAUAGAAGACAUUCCCAGUGACACGCUGAUCACAGGCACUUUCAAGAUACAGCAAUGGGACAUGGGCAGACAGGACUUCCUGGAAUCUGCUCCUGGUCUGGGGCUCUUUGUGACGGUUACAACUUACAACGAGGAGGUACUAUUGUCAAAGUUAUAUGGCCCACAAGGAACAUUCUAUUUCACUUCACAUUCGCCUGGCGAACACAUCAUUUGCUUAGAAUCUAAUUCCACGCAGCUUGUGUCGUUUGGAGGGAGUAAGCUGGAUCGUGAAGAAAAUUUUCGAAUGACCAGUGAAGACACAAAUAGCAAUGUUUUAUGGUGGGCUUUUGCACAAACAUUAAUCUUUAUCUCAGUUGGAAUUUUCCAAAUGAAGUACCUUAAAGACUUCUUUAUAGCUAAGAAGCUUGUUUAAAAUGCUAAUAAAGACAGAUAACUACCUGCUGAUUUGCAUAACAUUUGAGUUAAUAAAUCAAAAUACAUUCAUAA